AUGGCCGCCUCUGUCGCUUCUGCUUACAGCACCGCCUCUCACGGCUACCAGCCUAAGAUGGCAAGCGAAUCCAAGGCUGCUGCUUCGUCGAGCAAGCCUUCGUCGUCGUCAUCAAGAUCCGCCCAGCGAUCUGAACAGCAGGACCGAUUCUACGGCUACCGAGAAACGUCGGAGCUCUGCGAGAGAUUCAUUCUGUACCUCUUUGCCUGCCCCCUCGACUCGACCUCGGCUUCGGCCUCGCUGCCAGCAACGCAGAACGGUACACCAGCUCCUCGCCUCUCGGAGUUCAUCGCCUACGCUCUCUACAGGACGCGCCUCCCCGAGGCCGUCACCUUCCAGGCGCUGUACCUGCUACUGCGACUCAAGAUCCGCUUCCCUGCUGCACGCGGCUCGUCGGGACACCGUCUGUUCAUCUCUGCACUCAUGAUUGCCAGCAAGAGCAGCUGCGACGAUACGUACUCGAACAAGAGCUGGGCAAUCGUCGGCCAGGGUCUGUUUAGCUUGCGCGAGAUCAACCAGAUGGAGCGCGAGCUGUUUGGCUACCUUGGAUAUAAGGUCAACGUCUCGCCCGAGGAUCUCGAAGUGUUUACCUACGAGCUCGAGCAGGAUGUGGAUGGUGGUCGCAUCGACCUUGUGGUGCGCAAGAUCCUGGAGCUUAUGUCGAGGCGCAGCAGCGUCGACACGUCUUCAGUGUCUGAGUCGCCUCGCCAGCGAUCCGAGAGUGUCUCGAGCGUCAAGUCGUCGGCGCCACCUACGCCUGCGCUCGAAUCGUCGGGCUUCUCGUCGCCGUCGAUCGACUCGCACGCUGGCCCUCACCGCCUCUCAUCCGGUCGCCACUCAAGGCAGUCGAGCGUGUCGCACGCGUUUGGUUCGCGCGCCAGCAUCUCGGGCUACGCCGCCGCCGCGGCGCCUGCUUCGACCUCGACGGGCCAUAUCCCCAGCAGCACCUCGCUGCCCACUUCGACCGCCAUGGUCAAGAGCGCCAGCCACCGCCAGGAGAGGAGCGCCACCGCACCGAGCUUCAUCCACCCGUUCAUCAACACGGCACGCGAGAGGUGUCGCCCUUACACGACGCCCGUGCACAGCCUGCCUCUCUCGACAUCGUCUACCUUGUCGUCGUCGGCGUACUACUCGAACUCUCCCGCAGCGUCGAUCUCUUCGUCGUCGAUCUGCUCGUCCAUGUCGUACGCUCCCUCGACCGGCAUGUCGGCUACACCGUCGCCGUACGCUUCGCGCUCGAUCAUGAGCGGUCGCACCACGCCCGAUACCCCGCCCUCGGACCUCGAGUCGUCGCAGUGGGAGGAUGCGCGCUACUAUGGCGUUGACGCCAAGGUGGAGCUCAGCCCCACAUCGACUGUGGCAUACAAGCUCCCUCACCAGCCGGUGGCUCACGCUGGGUUUGGUCAGCACGCUUCGUCGGCUGCGGCGUACCUCCACCCGUACAGCUGGAGGUCGUAA